ACACUCGCACGCUGUCUCGCACCACAGACGCGACGCUCAGACCACGAGAGAUCAACCGCGAACCAACAGCAGGACACAGGAUCCUGAUUGUGAGAGACAGGGAACAUGGUGGAUAAGGUUUACAAGAAGACGAGCGGUAAUGGCCAGCUCACUCUGUACCUGGGAAAGAGGGAUUAUGUUGACAACGUAGACAGCGUGGAGCCUGUUGAGGGUGUGGUGAAGAUCGACCCCAGUGACCUGGGAGACAGGAAAGUGUGGGUCCAGCUGUGCUGUGCGUUCCGGUACGGUAACGAGGACUUGGAUGUGAUCGGACUGAUUUUCAGGAAGGACAUCUGGAUCACUCACACCCAGCUUUACCCCGAGGCUGGACACAAACCCCAGCUCACUGACAUGCACAACACACUGCUGAAGAAAGCUGGGGAGCAGGCGUACCCCUUCACCUUCACCAUCCCAACCAAUCUCCCGUGUUCCAUCACCCUGCAGCCCGGCCCGGAUGAUCAAGGAAAGAAGCCCUGUGGCGUGGACUUCGAGGUGAAAGCGUACGUAGCCAAACAGGCAGAAGAUCCGAACGAGAAAAUCGAGAAGAAGGACACAUGUCGUCUGGUUAUCCGUAAGUCCCAGUACGCUCCGCUGAACACAGGAGCCGGACAGAAGGCAGAACUCUGUAAGAGCUUCAUGCUGUCGGACAAACCGCUGCUGCUGGAGGCGUCGCUGGAGAAAGACGUUUAUUACCACGGAGAAACCAUUCCUGUUAAAGUGAAGGUAAAGAACGACACCAACAAAGUGGUGAAUAAAAUCAGAAUCACUGUUGAUCAGACGACCGAUGUGAUUCUCUACUCCGCUGAUAAAUACACCAAGUCUGUCCUGAACCAGGAGUUUGCGGAGACAGUGGAGGCGAACUCAUCGGCAGAGAAAGUUCUCCGCAUCACACCGCUGCUCGCACAGAACAAAGAGAAACGAGGACUGGCUGUGGACGGGAAACUGAAAUACGAGGACACAAAUCUGGCGUCCACCACACUUGUAAGGCCGGGGAUGGACAGAGAGAUUUUGGGGAUUAUGGUGUUUUAUAAAAUCACGGUUCACCUGCUGGUGUCUGGAGGAGGGCUAUUGGGAGGUCUGACUGGCAGUGACGUGGCGGUGGAGUUGCCUCUGACUCUGAUGCACCCCAAACCCACAGCGUGAGUGAUGUGAACACAGAUCCCUCAUCUAGUUUGCUUCCACAGCAACAUGGAGAAGACAUGUAGAGGACAUCUGUUCUCUAUCACUUAGGACGUUCCAAAGGACGAGAGGACUGAAGACGUGUCUCAAAGUCUCUGGUUGUGUAAUUUAGUGAUUAACUGUAAUUUAGAGUUUUUUUGCAGCAGCAGCUUUCUUCAGUCAUCUAAUAAUCAUCAUUACUGCAGCAUCAUCCUCUUACUCAGCACACACACACACACACACACACACUGUCUGAAGAGCAUAAAUUUAUUCUCUUAUUUAUCUUAAUGUUUCUUUAUUGAAGUUUGAAAGUGAAAUGUGAUGUUAUUGUGUAAUUGUAGUAAAAACACUUGUGUGAUGUCACAUAUAUCUGAGAUAAACCCCACAGCACCCAAUAAAGACUAAUAAAACCCUGA